UGUUUCCUUUAAGAGACCAUAGUAGCAUAGGAAGCACAGCCACUCAGGUCAUCCGUUGGGUGAGGGCGGGUUCUGACUUUUCUUGCCUCUCGGCCAGUUCUUCCGGCGUCAGUGCCCUUUGGUCCCUCCCCUCUGACUAGAAACACUUCCGGUGGGGGCGGGAGCGGAAGAACUUUCAAAGUCGUUUCGGCUUGGUCUGUUGGGGAUUUUCCUCCCUUUGCGUACGCGAGAGAAACUCAUGGCAGUGUAUUAUAGGAGCGCCACGGUUAGUUACGGCCACGCGGGCGCCAGUACUCCUUGGCCGCCGGAGCGACGGGAGCUGGCGCGAGAUCUCCAGGCGGACCUGGACGAAGGGGGCGACGAAAGCGACUUGCUAGGUGACUUUGGAAGAAGUUAUGAAGGAGCCUCCGUUUCCCGGGCUAGCCUUGCCUCCUUGCCGGACGGGAUAGUGCGCCGGUGGCCUAGCAGAGCGUGUUCUGUCCUCUGCUGCCUUUUAACCAUGUCCUUACUGGCUUUCCUGCUGGCCAUCGCUUGUCUGGUACUGAGAGAUUUGCGAUCUGAAAAAGGGAAGACUGAUGAGAAUAUAGAAACAAGCAUUUUAGGAUUUUGGAGUCUUCUUGUUCUAUCCUUAAUGAGUGGGCUGUCAUGUUGCAGUUUUUCAUGGACAGUAACCUAUUUUGAUUCUUUUGAACCAGGAAUGUUUCCUCCUACUCCCCUCUCACCUGCACGGUUCAAGCGAAUGACCGGGCACUCUUUUCACAUGGGCUAUAGUAUGGCCAUACUGAAUGGAAUAGUGGCAGCUCUCACCAUAGUAUGGUGUCUCCUUUAGUUUGUACUGAAAACUUUCUCAUAGUGUGACAACUUAAUUGCCUCCACAUAAUGAGCCAUUCAUGUUUACUAUGAAGUUCACCUCAAUAAACACCAUUGUCACAUGCUUUCUCCAAACUGAUGCCAGCAGCUAGAGGCAAUGCUAAGACAAGCCAAAUGGUGGAGACAGAUGAGUAAGGAAAGUUGAUGUAUCCAAAAUGCUGUAUGGCGUUAUUGCCAAAGGGCAGCACUUUCAGACAGACUUCACGUGGCAACCACUUUAUGAGAAUCAGCUCAGGAUCAUUGCCGACAAAAUAUUCAAGAUGUCAUUGGAUUAAUGCUGAGUGCCUUUUAGUCAUACUUUGCAAUGAUCAUGCUACAUGCAUAACAACAAAACUGAGUAUGUGUGUGUCUGAGUAAGUCAUACCCAGGAAAGAUCCUUUGGAAAUGACUACUUUAAAUUAAUUGAAUUCAGUGGGGCUACUCAGAAUAUGACUUAGGUAGAUGCAACCUUUAGACUUAUAUUCUAUCCGAAGUGACAGGAGGGUAAAGUGCAAACAUUUACGUCUCAAGAUAACUCAGAGAUUGAACUAGAAAGGAUCAAUUGUUAGGUAUCUUUUACUUUUUACAUGUUUUGGGUGAUCAAGGCUCAUUUCACAAGGCCCUAUCCCUAGGGCCAGUGAAGGGCUAGGACAGCUAUGUGUGACGGGCAGGGUUGGAAGAAAUCAUUUAACUUCUCUCUCACUAAUCUCUAUCUGCAAAUCCCAACUCUCAGUGAGAUUGUGUUUCUCUCCCAUCUCUCCCCCCCCCAAUAUUCUGUUGAAGAUGAGGGGCCUCCCACUUGAUGGGCAUCUCAGGGCCAUCUGUCAAGCCUGCCAGGUCACUUUGCCACAAACUUUCAUAAUAAUUUUAAUAGGAGGGCUUGUAAAAACAUUUCAGUUAAAAGUAUCUGGAAAUUGUACCACUGGCUAGCCAAGGAAGCACUGCUUUAACUUCUACUACCUCUUAUAAGUUUGGUCAUUAUUAUAAUGUUGCCAAUAACGAAUUAUUCUAACUGUAAUGUGUUUUGUCCCUGUUCUCAAUAACAUUGGCUGCAUUUGUAUGCAGUGCUAAACUAUGGCUUAUUGUUGUGUGUGUGUCAACCUCAGACUCAUGGGCUCCCUUCUGCUCUGCCCCCGCCCGGUGCAGCCAUAAGGAGGAGAUCAGGAACUUUUGCUUGUUUCAAUUAAAUGUUGGGUUGGUUCUGACAAUCAUAUGUUUGCUUAAUAAAUUUAGUGUGCAUACAGUCCCUUCACAGCGUGGGCAAAAAAACCCCAGGAACUCUUCAGUUAAAUUGCAUUUCCCAUUUCAUCUGAACUGGGAAACAGUUUAGAAAUAAGCCAGAAUAUGAAACCAAUGACAAACCAUGGAUUCAUAGCCUGGCUUGUUCCAAAGCCAUUAACUACAGUUGGUUAGGAUAAAAUCCACUUGUACAAAGGGAGGAGCAAAGGAAUUAUAUGCAUGUCCAAAAGACAUUCGUAUCUCAGUUUAUUUUCCUUAUGCAGCUAUUAUAUUCAAAUUUGCAGAGACUUGUUAAUUAUCAGUCGUUCUUUAAAUCAUAGUUAAGAUUAACCAUAGGUCCAUGGUAAGGCACGUAAAACCAGAGUUACUGGAAAGUGGAAGUGAAAUCUUCCCAUCUUCUCACAGUAACAGUAGGGGAGAGGCGAGCACCCAACCCUGAGGCUCUAGCAUGUCAUUCUGAACCAUAGCUUUAACCCUGCAUCCAAAAAAGAUCUGUAUAUUUUGCUUCUUGUGCUCGUGAAAGAGCAGGGCCAUUCUUUAAUAGGUUACUAUACAAUAUAUAUUGUAUUAAAGUAAGUACCAGGGUAACUAAUUAAAAUAUGAGAAAUAAUGUACCAUGCUGAUGAGUUCAACAGCUGAUCAAUUGGAAGUAUGCAAAUAGAUAAAUAACAAGUGACUACAUUUUUAAAUGUAUGGCUUCUACCCAAAGAACUGUAUACAUACUGUCACUUUCCUUCUGUAGAUCAUUGCACCCUCCCCAGCAAAAUACAUUUCUGAGGUUUAGGGGCCCUUUGGAAUGUAGUGUGAUCCAGUGUUGGGAGGCUGAAUUCAGGAGGUUAGGGGGGCAACACAUGCAUCCAUUCAGAUCACUUCGGGUUGUAUCCAAUGCUGUGCCAGUAAGGUUCCGCUGGUGCAAUGGGUCUUUCCUCCUGUGCACCUGCAAAAUCUGCUCUGAAGAGUCCCCCAAUGUUCAAGAGCAGACUUUGAGGGCACACAAGGGGCCGGAGGGGACAGGAGAGGAAGAGGAAAAUCUGUUGCAUGUAUGAAAGUCCCUUGCACCAUUCUGGAGCUGCAGCAUUGGAUACAACCCUUUAGAUCCAAGCCUACUGUAAGUCUUUAAAAACACAUGCUCAUUUUAAAUAUAAGAUAUAACAAUUGAGUGGUUCAAUUUUAAAUUGAUAUUUGUACUUAACUCAUUGUGUCCAUGCAAUAUAUUUUGCCUUAUUACAUAAAAAUAUAUUACAUAAAAGCACUGUAAAUUGUUUACUGCCAAUAAAUAAUUUUGUUCAUAAUCAA